GCAUUGCAUCAACAAAGGUGGCAGUUCUACCCCCUGUUAGGUUGUUGGUUGUUUGGUUACAAGUUUUUUCUGUAGUUUUUUUUUGUGUGCAAUUGUUUCUGUGUUCUGAGAGUGUGUAGCAACUGCAGUGCAGGUGGGAAGAAGGCUCCUUUUCCCGGAACGGGUGGAAAAUUCUGUACGGACGUGCAUUGAGUUUUCGGGGGAAGUUUUCGCGGGUGUCGAGUGAAUACAUAUAGCUUUUUUAUAGCGGUUGAUUUCAAAUAACACGAGUUUUGUAGGUGGCGAAGCCGGCGAAACAAAUCGGAAGCAGCAGCACCAAGUGUAAUGAUGAAAACUGAGCAGUGCCCGUGUUUGAUUGUGAAGAACGAGUGAUUUGCGAGUGGAACCGUUUUUGUUUCCGAAAAAAAAACAGUGCGGAAUAAAAUGACGAUGGAAGUAUGCUGCUUGAAAAUGGCAUCCAGAUGCAGGCCCACGAGACCGAUCAAGGACAUAACGCAGCUGUCGACGGCCGGUUCGUCCCACGACUGCGGUUCCCUGUCCCGGGUGGUGAUGGUGCGCAAAACGGACCAACGCGUUAUAAAUCACAAGGGAAGCCAAAAGGAUCCACUAUGCGAAGUCAUCACGAUGGAAACCAUUCAAACGUACAAGGGCCACAAACCGGACCGGACUGUGGUUUUCAAGGAAAAGUUCGACCUCAGCGGUAACGAUAUGAACAAGUCGCUGUCCACCGGUAAACUAAUGGGAUCGCCACGGCUAUCGAUUAGCCCACUGCGAACGAUUCUGACUACGACGACCGAGCUGGAAACGGGCGGCAAAAGUGAUCGGAACAACAAUACAACGACCACCACAUUGGUUAAGGAACAUUUUCAAACGCGCCAUAAAUCACUGGAUAGGGGUAAUAACAGUACGAGCAACGGAUACAUUUCCUCUAUUCCGAAGUCAACUCGAUUUUCCAAGAGUCCCUCCAUCAGCAAUCUACGCCACAAGAGUCCGUCCCUUUCGGCGUCGCAGAGUUCUCUUCGGCGGUCAAUAUUCAGCGACUUCGAGCUAGAGUGCCUGAAAGCGCACAACGAGUACCGGACGAAGCACGGUGUGCUGCCGCUGAAGCUAAACAAACGUCUCUGUCGGUACGCGGACGAAUGGGCCAAAGUAAUAGCGGCACGGGGCGUGCUGGUUCAUCGGAGCAAUUCGCAGUACGGGGAAAACAUCUUCUGCUCGUGGAGCUCGCCGAAUGCCAAUGUUGCCAUCACCGGGCGGGAACCAGUGGAAAAUUGGUACAGCGAGGAGUCCACCCACGCGUACGGCAAGGAACCGGCCACGCUCAAGACUGGACAUUUCACGCAGGUCGUCUGGAAGGACAGUCGAGAGCUGGGCGUUGGGAUGGCUAGCAAUCGAUCUGGUCAAAUUUUCGUUGUAGCCAACUAUGACCCGCCGGGCAACUACAUAGGGAGCUUCGCUAAGAACGUCCCUCCGCCGGGUGGUUUUGAGGUACCAAAGAUUAUCGUUGAUAAAACGGCAAACAAGGCAGCAGAAGGGGAGCCGAAAAAUUCUACACCAAAAGCGGAAAAACACGUUCGAAUCGUAGAUGAAAAUGAUCCCGACCAGUUUGACGAGUUCUCGCAGGCGAUGCUGCGUCACCAUAAUGAGUACCGUCGCAGGCACGGGGCUCCGGAUUUAGUUUUGCACAAAGAAUUACUCCGGGAUGCGCAGCAAUGGGCGGAGAUUCUGGCGCGGGAUGACCGUUUCACCUACCGACAGAAUUCCAAGUACGGCGAAAAUCUGUACUGCCUGUGGUCUUCCGAUCGGCAUGCCAAACCAAAUCCCAAAGACGUGUGCCGUUCCUGGUACGAGGAAGUCAAGCAGUAUUCGUUCAACGUUGAACCACGUGGCGUCAUCAAGGGUGGACAGUUUACCCAGAUGGUCUGGAAGGGAACCAAAGAGCUCGGCGUCGGCGUCGGGCAAACCCGUAGCGGUAAAGUUAUCGUCGUUUGUACGUACUACCCUCGAGGAAACGUGCUGGGACAGUUUGUAGCGAACGUUCAAAAACGGAAUUAAACAUUUUUCCUUUCAAAACACUGAACUCAAACAUCCUACGCAAUCUUCAGGACACACGUGAAGCCUUAUCACAACUCGUAACAAAUAGAUAGACCAUCCUCCAUCUAAUCCGGAUGAUCCUCACUGACUUAGAGUAGUUACUUAACAUAAACCUACUUAAGCAAUGGCGGCCUUCGGGUCGGAAAGUACGAGUCUCUGCAGCAAACUGCAAGCAGCAAAGCAAAGCAAUUACCCAAAGUAACCUGAGAACAGAUGCCUUCGCGGGAUGUUUCUCUGCAGUUCCUCCACAUUAUUCGUCCUUUGCAGCAACCGUUACCGAUCCAUAAUAGCACAGAAACGCACCAUAUUAAUGGAAAGCACUUAUCACUAUAAAAAAAAAGCUUGCCCCAUGUUAAAAGCGCUAACGGGUUGGUGUGUGGGAGAGUGAGCGAAACAGAGUAGGAGAGGAAUGGGUAUAUAUCAGUAGAGGAGAGAAAGCAUAUUUUUCUAUCGGAGCUUUUUAACAGCGCGCUCUCAGUAGCAUUUGAUAGCUUUGCAAUAAAAAGUACACAGGUAAUUUACGGUUAAACUUUAAUAUACACAAACACACAUGGCGAGUUUCGCGCCACGUUUGGCAAGUACCUAGAUGUUGUUUGUAACGUUUUGUAGAUGUUUCAUGCUCGAAUUUUUAACUUUAGGCUGACGAAAAAGGAAAAAUCGAUUGAUUGGUUACUAUACGAUACGCGGUUUAGCAAUUUUUAGGAAUGAAUUGUAAGCAGCACAAAAUUUUAUUCCAAAAGCAAGUUUACAUACACUAUUUGAAGUAAAACCAAAAUUAUUAUAAUAUAUUCAUUCAUUGCCAUAAUAUUUGUGUCAUUAAACGAAAGCAAAUAAUCACGCAAGUUCAAAUAUUAAAAAAUUAUUCUCUUAUGGUUCUACACA